UCCCUCGGCUGCAGCGCUCGCAGGGCGCUCCUCUGGCUGCCUCCUUGCGCAACGGGACAGGUGCGGGCGCUGCCACUGUCCUCACCUUCCCGCUUCUCCCUGCCUUCCUUUGCCCUUCUCUCUCCCUACCCUGCCUUCUUUCCCCCUUUUCCUCCCAUAUCUCCCUCGCCACAGCUCUAGCAGGAGGCGACGCGGAUACGCUUGAAUGUAGUCUCCGGCCCUCGAGUGACUCUGCCCCGAGAUCUAAUAAUACAAUGUCAACUGGAAGGCUACGAACGAAAAAAAAAGCAUGUUCUUCAGACCAAUCUCCAGACAACCUUCCCCUGAGGAGUUCUGGAAGACAGGUGAAGAAGAAGGCAGCUGAAGCAGCAGAUGAUGAUGAUGAAGCCUCAGAGAAGAAAUACAGAAAGUGUGAAAAAGCUGGAUGCACUGCAACGUGUCCGGUUUGCUUUGCCAGUGCAGCUGAAAGAUGUGCUAAAAAUGGGUAUACGUCUCGAUGGUAUCAUCUUUCCUGUGGAGAGCACUUCUGCAAUGAAUGUUUUGACCACUAUUACCGAAGCCAUAAAGACGGGUAUGAGAAAUACACUGCCUGGAAAAGGAUUUGGACAAGUAACGGUAAAAGCGAGCCCAGUCCAAAAGCCUUCAUGGCUGAUCAACAGCUUCCUUAUUGGGUGCAGUGCACAAAGGCAGACUGCGGUAAAUGGCGCCAGCUGACAAAGGAAAUUCAGCUGACACCACAAAUAGCAAAAAACUACAGAUGUGGUAUGAAACUGAACAAUUCCACCAAGAGUGAGGGCUCAGACCAGUGUUCCAUGCCUGAGGACUUGAGAGUGGCUGAAGUUUCAGACCAUUGGUGGUACUCCAUGCUCAUACUGCCUCCUUUGCUGAAAGACAGUGUGGCAGCUCCCUUUCUAGCUGCAUAUUACCCAGACUGCGUGGGCAUGAGUCCAUCCUGUACCAGCACUAAUCGGUUACCUGGUGAAUCCAACCUUGUGAAGUUAGAGCACUUAAAGAGCGUGCCUAAUUUGACUGUUGCAGGCAUGAACAAGUAUUUCCAGCCUUUUUACCAGCCCAAUGAAUGUGGGAAAGCACUUUGUGUGAGGCCAGAUGUCAUGGAACUGGAUGAGCUCUAUGAGUUCCCAGAAUAUUCACGAGACCCUACCAUGUACUUGGCUUUGAGAAACCUAAUUUUGGCUCUGUGGUACACAAACUGCAAGGAGGCUCUUACUCCUCAAAAAUGUAUCCAUCACAUCAUUGUCCGGGGGCUCGUGCGUAUUCGCUGUGUGCAGGAAAUGGAGAGGAUACUUUAUUUUAUGACAAGGAAAGGGCUAAUUAAUACAGGGAUUUUAUCAGUCAGCCCUGAACAGUAUCUUCUUCCUAAAGAAUACCACAAUAAAUCUGUCAUUAUCAUUGGGGCAGGUGCAGCAGGAUUAGCAGCAGCUCGACAACUGCACAACUUUGGAGUUAAGGUCACUGUCUUAGAAGCCAAAGACAGAAUUGGUGGCAGAGUGUGGGAUGAUAAGACAUUCAGCGGAGUCACUGUUGGAAGAGGCGCACAAAUCGUCAAUGGAUGUGUCAACAACCCAGUGGCACUAAUGUGUGAGCAACUUGGCAUUAAAAUGCACAAACUAGGGGAGAAAUGUGACUUGAUCCAGGAAGGUGGAAGGAUAACAGAUCCCACUAUUGAUAAACGUAUGGACUUUCAUUUCAAUGCCAUCCUAGAUGUCGUCUCUGAGUGGAGAAAAGAUAAAACCCAACAUCAGGAUGUUCCUCUUGGUGAAAAAAUACAGGAGAUCUAUAAAGCCUUUAUUCAGGAGUCUGGUAUCCAGUUCAGUGAGCUGGAAGAACAAGUCCUCCAGUUCCAUCUCAGUAAUUUGGAGUAUGCCUGUGGCAGCAAUCUCUCUCAGGUAUCUGCACGCUCAUGGGACCACAAUGAAUUCUUUGCUCAGUUUGCUGGAGAUCACACUCUUCUAACUGUGGGAUAUUCUACAUUGCUUGAUAAACUGGCAGAAGGGCUGGACAUCCGGCUGAAUUUCCCAGUACAGAGUAUUGACUAUGCUGGUGAAGAAGUACAGGUCACAACUACAGAUGGAACAGUGUGGACAACACAAAAGGUUUUGGUGACUGUACCACUGGCCCUUCUUCAGAAAAACACCAUUCACUUUAAUCCUCCACUGUCAGAAAAAAAAAUUAAAGCCAUUAACAGUUUGGGAGCAGGAGUCAUUGAGAAGAUUGCCUUGCAAUUUCCUUACAGAUUUUGGGACAGUAAAAUUCAAGGAGCUGAUUUUUUUGGUCAUGUUCCACCCAAUUCCAUCCAACGUGGCCUCUUCAGUGUUUUCUAUGACAUGGAUCCAGAGAACAAACAAAGCAUCUUGAUGUCAGUGGUCACUGGAGAUGCUGUGACAACCAUUAAGAAUUUAGAUGAUAAACAAGUACUGCAACAGUGUAUGACUGUACUUCGAGAGCUGUUUAAGGAGCAGGAGGUUCCUGACCCAGUGAAGUUUUUUGUGACUCGAUGGAGCAAAGACCCUUGGCUGCAGAUGGCAUAUAGUUUUGUGAAAACAGGGGGCAGUGGUGAAGCUUACGACAUUAUAGCUGAAGACAUACAGGGAAAAAUUUUUUUUGCUGGUGAGGCCACCAAUAGGCACUUUCCUCAAACUGUUACAGGAGCUUACCUGAGUGGGGUUCGAGAAGCAAGCAAAAUAGCAUCAUUUUAAGUACCAACAUUUUGUGUUUAUAGAUAUAUUUUUACUUGUUUUCUGUGGGUAAAACUAUCUUCAAGUUUCCUAUUGCUGCCUUUUUCCUAAGUGGUACGUAAAUAGUAAUAUGGUAGCCAAAGAUAAAAUCUUCAUUUUCCUUUUCCUCCCCCACCUUUUUGAGCCCUGAUGAUAUAUAUUGGGAAUUUUUUUUCCAGCUAAAGUAAUACUAGCAACAGUGACAAUGGAGUCCCUGGCCACAGCUUAACUAACAGAACUUUUGAGAGUCCUCUUCUGUAUGGCUCAGGUCAUGCUAUCAUAAACCUUCAUUUCAGAAGGUCAAAUUAAAACAAGACUAAGUGAACAUGCAGCAUUAAAAAUGCCGGCAGUUAGUAAUGAUGAUGGGAAUUUUCCACUAACUGUGCUUCUCAGGUUGAUUAUAUUCAGGAGUUCAAACUUGCUACCAAAAGUCUGAAUAGCCUAGACAAACUCUAGGAUUACCAUAGGAAGGAAUUCAAGUUGCAAUCAAUAACCUUUUCUAUAGUCUUUUUCAUAUUCUUAGUCUCCACUAAGUGGGCUUUGGAAUAUCAGGUUUGUUCCUUUAAAUGAGAUGGCUGGAAGAGUUUACAGUGCAAUCACAGAAACAUUAUUGUAGCUAACAAAAACUUGAAAAUUUUUACAUUGAUAUAUAAGAACCUUGAAAUAUUUUCUCUGCUACCUACUCAAGAGAAAUUCUUGUUACAGUAAUAGGCUAAGUUUAGAUUUGCUUAGUGUUUCGGAUAAUAUAGAAACAGAACGCCUCAAAAAUACUCUUAUUUCUAAGGUUGUUUUGAAAACAAACUGCAAAAUUCAUUUGGGCUGCAUAGAGGAACUAUUUUACUUGUAGGAGUGCACAGCACUGAUUGAAGGACUCUAGGUUCUUAAUGACUCAGCUUUUAUAUUUAAAGUGAAGAUGAAUGAGAAAAUAUUAACACUUUUAUGAAGGGCUGAAACAAGGUGGCUUGCACUUUGACUUCAAGUUUUCUUGUUUUCUUCUGUUGUUAAAAGUAUUAUUAAAAACAACUUGAGGGAAUAGUUCAGUAAGGGCUAAGCAUCUAUCAAAUAGCUUUUCCAUGGAACAGGGAAGAAAAAGCAUUUUUCAAUAGAACUAAGACAGGCACAAGAAGGAUAAGCUGUAAUACUGUUCCACUUAAAAUUAUAUUAAUAAAAAAAAGGAAAAAGAAACCUAACUUCUAGAUCUCUCCCCCAACACCUUCCCUGGAAUUUUACUGUAGACUUCAUGAUUUACUGGAAGGCAAGUAAAACAUGUAAUCUCCACCCUGCACAUACCUCUCUGUUCUCAUGCAUAGACUUUCAGAAAAGAAUGGUACAGCAGUCUUUCUUUAGAGUUAGUCCUAAUUUGCAUAAAGCUGUAUCCCUGGGGGGGAAUAUCAACAAGCAACCUUAAGAAAAAUCCUACUGAAGAAACGCAGUUCUUCUUUUUAAAUACCUAAUAUUUUGGUUCUACAGUAGCUAUAAUAUUGUUAAAUACCUUUAUUUAAUCACUAAUUUACAAGGUGAAGAUGUUUAUAUAACUAAAUGUUUUUCAUAUAUAUAUUCUGUUCUGCUUCUUAAAGCUGAGUUAUAUAAAUGAAUAGGAAAAGUGUAACUGUUCCUAAUUUUCCUCUAAAUAAAUGCUAGUAUGUACAGUUUUAAAGUAUUUCCAAGUAUUGUAAUUUAAAGGCUGUGAGAAGCAAGACAAAACCUCUGAUAAAAGAUGAUCAGGCAUCAGAUUUUGCUUUUGGUAAUCAUUUGCACUUUGCUAAUUUCACAUAUUAUAGGCUAACUAGGAAAGAUUGAGAGCUGCAUGUGUUUAAAUUCAAAGCUCGUUUCCCAGUUUAUCAUGUCUGACAAAAUUAUUAGGAAAGGAGCUUCUGAAGGUGGGAAAAGAGCUUAUUGCCGCAAGGCUAAAACAUUAUAUUCAAUGACAGUUUCAGCUGACCUUGGUCAAAACUUCAGUCAGCUUAGUAACAACAAAGAAACACAUGCUGUUUUCUGUAAGAACUGUCUGGGAAGUCGAGCUCAAGGUAAAUUUCUGAAGUCAAAUUUUAAACAUGUGCUUCCAUCCUGUUAAUUUGUACUUAGAUGUAAAACCCUAUCUACAACUUUGCAGGAGAUAAAUACUAUAUUCUAGAGGAUAGAGAUGGACAUGAGCAAAUACAGUUACAUUUGGCUUUAGCUUCUGCACACUUCUUAUAGCAUUAAGAAAAAGGAUAACCAACAAUAAACUUACCAAUGGCCUCGUCUAUUAAUUACUUGUAUAUUAUUUUGGGGCCAGGGCACUUUAAAACUGUGUUGUGCUGCACUCAAGUUUGAGGAGUAAAUAAAAGAGGUAUGUCCCUUUUUAAUUUACAUUCACUUGAAAUGUGUAAGGAUAUCAGGCUGGUUCUGAGACUUCACUUUCUAAUUGUUCCCCCAAAAUAUAUUUAAUACUUAUGUUAAAAUUAAUUUCAAGCAUGUAUGUGUUUAUAAUUUAUUCCCUGCAAAGAAAGAACUGGGGAAGGUUUUCUUUGACUAGAUUUGUUUAAAUGUUACCAAAAAUGUUUGAAUGCAGAGCAUGAUCUGUUACACUUCAUCUCUUCUGUGUGACUAUGUUAUGGCAGCAGAAUAAAACUGGAAAGUAUCCACAGGAUGCUCAUGGUUUUGA